GUGUACAAACCAACGUUUGUAUGCUUUGUCAUUUUCUGUAGGGCACACAGAAAACAAAUUAAUUAAAAAACAAAGGGUUUCCCCAACCUGGAUAGGUAAAUUGUUCCUGUGUUAUUGGAUGGAUGAGGACAAAGAAGAGCUUUCUAAUGUUUAAUACAUUGUCCAUCGUUAUUUAUUCAUCUUUAUAUUCGUCAUUGUAGCGUGUAUAUGAACUGUGGACUCAAUUAUAUUAACACUCUUGUUUUUUUUGUUUUUUUUUACACUCUCUUUCCCUUUCUCUCUCUCUAUCCCUCCAUAUGUCUUCUAUUUUCCCCACGGCUUUGUCUAUUUGCCCUCAUGUUCUCCGCGCAUGUGUUCUUCAGAGCAUCCAGUGAUUAUUUUCACUAACACCAUAUGUUCCCACAGUAUUUACUGUGAAUUUUUACAAUUUCAUGACCUACAUUUCUAGGUUAAGGGGUUAAAAUGAGAUAAACAAUAAUUAACAAUUAAAAUGAACUAUUAACUAAACAUUAUGACUGAGAGAAUAAGGAAAACUAUAUUUUAACAAAGCAAACAAGGCGUUUUUGUGGGGAAAAAAAUAGCACUCGGAUGCUGGAAUCUGAAGGAUGUGAUUUGAAGUCAGAUGAUGUGUGUGUUGAUGACACCAUGUGCCGGAGUCCACACCAUCUGAACAUCAACUCAACACUGGCCACCUUUGCAACCUCGGUUGUCUCUAUGGAAACAGAGUACCAUCAGGCGUCAUUGGGCUCUCUGGUUUGUACCCAAGACGAGGAGGCGAUGAGCUGCCAGAUCCCGGGCCCUGUUACAUAUCAGCCGGGGACCACCGGAGCGGGAUCGGACUCCUUCCCGUGUCUGCGCCCCCUCUCUCUCCCCCAGCAGUCCAAUGAAGAGGCACGAUGCUCUGGAGAGGUCAUUGUUAAGGUCAAGGACAAAGCAGAGAGUGUUGAUGGGAUUUGUUCUUCCCCAAACGAUGCCUUUGCAUCCAAACCAAUUCUCUCCUCUCCUCCUCGCCGGCAUCAUUCUCUUCCUCAUUCGCACCAUCCACAUGUGGGCCGCACCCGGAUGGGCAGCCGCUCCAGCUCCAUCGCCUACACAGCGUUCUCCCCGCGGCCCUCUAUUUCACGCCAUUCUAGUAUCGCCACCAACCCCCCUAUGGACCGCUCCAAACCCAAAGACUACCUCAUCCUCGCUGUCAUCGCUUGCUUCUGCCCUGUCUGGCCAAUCAACAUUGUGGGAUUUGUUUACUCCAUCAUGUCCCGGAACAGUCUGGAGCAGGGGAACAUAGACGGAGCGAGACGCUUGGGUCGCGUGGCGAAGCUGCUUUCUGUGGUCUCGCUGGUGGGAGGAGCGCUCAUCAUUGUAGCAUGCGCCGUGAAUCUGUCAAUUAAUAUAAAAUCCUGAGUGCGGUGAGCGUGCCUGGAAUUCAGCUUCGCAUCAGACCACUGACCCGAACACCACGGCCCAUUUGUCUCGCCCCACUGCUGCUGUGACGGCAAUCCUAUCUCAGAGAGCAAUCGAUUAUCAAAUGCCUUUGCUCUCUGAAAGAACCCUUGGUAAUCUGCACCAACAUGCCACCCUUCAAACAGACGGAGCGGGGUACUUCCACUGAAGUCUCACACGUAACUGAGAUCAUUUGCUCAGAGGUUGCUGGAGCACUUCAUGGGUAACAGCUCUCUCACCUUAACAUGAACAAAUACGGCUCACAUUCUGUAAAGACUUGGCUGUACCACUCACACGCUGUCAUAGAGGAGAAUUGCUGGUGAAACAAAAGUAUUUUUCCUUCUCCAGAAGCAGAAAACAAGCCAAAUCAAUAUACAGACGUGGGUUUGUCUGAUUAUUCCCUUCCAGUAUCCAAUGAGAGUAACACGCCAAUUGCGCUGAAGAUUUUACUGUGGCUCACUUGUGAUGAAGUGGACGUCGUCAGUCGUGAGAAAGCUCGCGUAUAAUCGGAGUCGUGAUCACAUCCUUAUGUCAGAGACACACUUGAUUCACUGUCGGCAACAUUUGUUCUGUUUUCAAGACCUCAUUUAUGAGAAGAUCACCUGUGAGUGAAGAGGAGAAAUAUCUUAGUAAAAAGAGUUAUCUUUAUUAUAUCAAUGUCAUUUUAUACUGUAAAUGAGAACUUUUAAAAAGGUGAGGAGAACGUUUUGAUUUAUUUUCCGACUUCAUACAUUUAAAUCAUGAUCCAUUUUAAUUAUUGUUUAUUAUUUCAUUUCACUUUAUCAAAUGACAAUCAAACCUUUUUUUUUGUCAUUUCACCAAGAAACUUUGACUGUUCUUGAACAUGACUUUUGUUUAGUCAUGCAUUGACAAAAUGUAGCUAAUAAUAAUAAUGUUUUGGAAAAACCAAAAUUAUAAUUUCCAACCAUCCUCACCCCUUUUGAUAAAGCAAUAUGCAAGCACUCACAGGCAAGAUAGAUUUUCAUCACAUGGUAAAAGUGUUUCUGGAAAUGAUAAUCUUUAUAAAAACACACCGUGUCUGCUGCAAACCUUUGUAUUGAACUGUGUUGUUGGGUUAUUUACAAACACUGUGUAAUCUGAAAUAUCUGUAGCAAAAUGUAGCCGAAUCACAACCGAAUCUUGCAAUAUUGUAUUAAUUAGACGUCGUGUUAAUGAACUUUCCUGUAGAUCCAAAUGGGACAUUUGGCUGGUAAUACUGGUGAGUCUACAAGCUCAUGGGUUCUGGAAGAGAUUAUACUGCUGCAGGUUUUGAGUUGUACUGUAUAUAAAAAGGAAUGUAAGAUGAUGAGAUUUUGACAGGUGGGACGUUGGGUUUGUAACAAUGGCGGUCGAUGUCAUCAUUCUCAUGGUUGUGAAUGAAUGGAUGUAGCUCGUGCAUUUCACCUCUGUUUAGAUGCAAUGGUAUUGCAUAUGCUAUACUAUAGAAUUUGUGAUUUGUGAAUAAUUCUAUUUAUGGUAGGUCCUGUAGGUUAAAUCCAUGUAUUUCUUUAUAUCUUUUUUUUUUUUAAAUAUUUUUAUUACAGCCUUUUAUUUUUCCUAAUAACAUUUUGGCAAAUGGAAUUACAUUCUUGUUUGUCUGUCCUGAUAGAAAGAUGAAGAGCUGAAAUAUUUAGCUUUUACAAACAUUGUGCUCUUAUUUUGCAUGCACUGCUUCUUUUUCAAAUAUUUUGAUAGUCUUGUAAGCAUCACUAUUUCCCUCUAUGUAUCCUCCUUAGGGAAAGAGAAUAAAGCAUUAAAAAGAUGUGAAACAGC